AUGAUAUUGAAUGAUUUAAACAAAUCUUUUGAUCAAUUAGAAAAUGUAUCACCUUCACAUAUAAAACGGUUUCAUUCAGAUACAUUAAAUAAAUUUAUAAUCGACAGUGAUUCAGAGAAUGGUAAGAUUAAAGAUGAUCAAAUCUUACAGUUAUUUAGUUCAUCAAAUGUAAUAUGUUCAACACAACAACAACACCAGCAACAACAUUUAUCCCAACAACAUAGACAAAAUCAGCCAGUUACUACACAAAUUACACAUCCUAAACCUACAUAUUAUUCACAACAGAAUAUAAUUUAUCCUGAAUAUACUAAUCAUAAUUCAUCUAUUGGUGAGUUAGGUAUAAACACUCAGUCGACUAUUACUACUACUCAUACAACUAUCAGUAGUAAAUAUUCUCACGUAGAAGACAUGAAUUUGACAUAUGAUAGUACUGGACCAUCUUCAAAUAUAUCAUCAACUGAAACAAAUUCAGAAUAUUUAAAUUAUGAGAAAUAUAAUAACAUUCUCAAUGAUAAUAAUAAUAACAAUCAAAUCAUUACUACUAACAAUGAUAUAAGUAGUACUAGUAAUAACCUUGAUGCUAUUGAUAGUCAUAAUAUAAUAACAGAUGCAAAAUUAUCAUCAAAUAACGCAUGCAUGAAACAAAAACGUCAUCGUACACGAUUUACACCAAAUCAGUUGAAUGAAUUAGAGAGAGCAUUCUCGAAAACCCAUUAUCCAGAUAUUUUUAUGAGAGAAGAACUAGCCUUACGUAUUGGUCUUACUGAAUCGCGUGUACAAGUAAGUCAGAAAGUAAUUCACUGUAUGUAUAUGUGA